GCGCGCCGGCAACUUUGCGGCCGCCGGGGGCGCGGCUCCUCCCGGUGCGCGUGCGAGUGUGCAGGGCAGCGGCGGCCGCCUGGGGGCAGCAGCGGAAAGCGGGACGAGGAGAAAGAGGCAGCUCCGGCGCCCCGUGGCCCAGGAGGCAGAGGCCCCUCGCGGCGCCGGCUGUCGAGACCUAAACUCCGCCGGGGCUGUGCCCAGGACGCGUUCGAACGGCGCAGCGGCCGCCUUCCCGGCCAGCAGCGGGGACUCGUUCUAGGAUUACGUUUCCUUUCGCCUGCCCGGGCGCUGGCAGCCGCCUUUGCCGACGGGGGAGCGGCGGCCGCGGCAGCAGCAUCCCGGCCCGGGUGGGACCCCCCGAGUGCCGGAGCCGGCGACGGGAGCAAGAAGGGAGGGUCGCGACGCCCGCCCUCCACGGCCUGCCCUGCCCCGAGCGCCGGGUGCGGGUUUCUAACAAUGGUGCGGAGCGCCGGCGCGAACCCCGCGUCCGCCCGGCGGCCGUAGAGGAAGUGGCCGGCUCCGGGUGGGGUGGGCAGGGAGACGCCCCCCGCCGCUCGCUCGAAGGAGUUUGCCUGCGCGCCGGGCCCCUCCGGCCCCGAGCCCGGCUCCCCGCCGGAUCACCGACGGCAGUCGAACCGGAGAGUAUGGUGCCGGCGCCCGGCUUACUCUAGUCCCCGGCUCGCUUCUUCUUUCCGCCUCCUCGUCUUCCUCCUCCUUUACCUCCUGUCGGAGCUGCCUCUGGGUUCCCGGUGUGUGGGAGUACAACUCUCUGCCUCUCCAAGGAGACCGGUUUGUGACAGCCUAACAGAACUUGCCCAUUGAAAGCAAACCCAGAACAGCUGGAUAAUGUCCACUCCGAGCAGAUUCAAAAAGGACAAAGAGAUCAUAGCCGAGUAUGAAAGUCAAGUCAAAGAAAUUCGAGCUCAGCUGGUAGAACAGCAAAAAUGCCUGGAACAGCAAACAGAGAUGAGAGUUCAGCUUCUCCAGGACCUGCAGGAUUUCUUCCGGAAAAAAGCUGAAAUUGAGACGGAAUAUUCUCGGAACCUAGAGAAGUUAGCAGAAAGGUUCAUGGCAAAGACAAGAAGCACUAAGGAUCAUCAACAGUACAAGAAAGACCAGAACUUGUUGUCUCCAGUGAACUGCUGGUAUCUGCUUCUGAACCAAGUGAGAAGAGAGAGCAAAGACCAUGCAACCUUGAGUGACAUCUACCUGAACAAUGUGAUUAUGCGGUUCAUGCAGAUAAGUGAGGACUCGACCAGGAUGUUUAAAAAGAGCAAAGAGAUUGCAUUCCAACUUCAUGAGGAUUUGAUGAAGGUCCUUAAUGAACUCUAUACGGUGAUGAAAACAUACCAUAUGUAUCACGCAGAGAGCAUCAGUGCAGAGAGCAAGCUGAAGGAGGCUGAGAAACAGGAAGAGAAGCAAAUCGGAAGGUCUGGGGAUCCUGUCUUUCAUAUCAGACUGGAAGAGAGACAUCAGCGGCGAAGCUCUGUAAAGAAAAUUGAAAAAAUGAAAGAAAAAAGACAAGCAAAGUAUUCAGAAAAUAAGCUAAAAUCUAUUAAGGCACGGAAUGAGUAUCUCCUAACCCUUGAAGCAACCAAUGCCUCGGUUUUCAAGUAUUAUAUUCAUGAUCUUUCAGACUUAAUUGAUUGCUGUGAUCUUGGCUACCAUGCAAGUCUGAACAGAGCCCUGAGAACAUAUCUCUCUGCAGAGUAUAAUCUUGAAACUUCCAGACAUGAAGGCUUAGACAUUAUUGAGAAUGCAGUUGACAAUUUGGAGCCCAGGAGUGAUAAGCAGAGAUUCAUGGAGAUGUACCCUGCCGCGUUCUGUCCACCAGUGAAAUUUGAGUUUCAGUCUCACAUGGGUGAUGAGGUGUGUCAGGUCAGUGCCCAGCAGCCGGUCCAGGCAGAGCUCAUGCUCAGGUACCAGCAGCUGCAGUCCCGACUGGCCACGCUCAAAAUCGAGAACGAGGAGGUGAAAAAAACGACCGAAGCCACCUUGCAGACCAUACAAGAUAUGGUCACCAUCGAGGACUACGAUGUCUCUGAAUGCUUCCAGCAUAGCCGCUCCACAGAGUCUGUGAAGUCUACGGUCUCUGAGACCUACCUGAGUAAGCCCAGCAUCGCCAAGAGAAGAGCAAACCAGCAGGAGACAGAGCAGUUCUACUUCAUGAAACUCAGAGAAUAUUUGGAAGGUAGUAAUCUCAUCACAAAGCUUCAAGCCAAACAUGACUUGUUGCAGAGGACCCUUGGAGAAGGUCAUAGAGCUGAGUAUAUGACUACAAGGCCUCCAAAUGUUCCCCCUAAGCCCCAGAAACACAGGAAGUCCAGACCCCGCUCACAGUAUAAUGCUAAGUUGUUUAAUGGGGAUUUGGAAACAUUCGUCAAGGACUCAGGACAGAUUAUCCCUCUCAUUGUGGAAAGCUGUAUUCGGUUCAUCAACCUCUAUGGUCUUCAGCAUCAGGGGAUUUUCAGAGUGUCUGGUUCCCAGGUGGAGGUCAAUGAUAUUAAAAAUUCAUUUGAGAGAGGUGAAAACCCUUUAGCUGAUGACCAGAGUAACCAUGAUAUUAACUCAGUGGCUGGCGUUCUGAAGCUCUAUUUCCGUGGGCUGGAAAACCCCCUCUUUCCUAAGGAAAGAUUUAAUGAUCUGAUUUCUUGUAUCAGAAUAGAUAAUCUCUGUGAGAGGGCGCUUCACAUCCGCAAACUCCUCCUGACCUUGCCUAGGUCCGUCCUUAUAGUGAUGAGGUACCUCUUUGCCUUCCUCAAUCACCUUUCACAGUACAGCGACGAGAACAUGAUGGACCCAUAUAACCUGGCCAUUUGUUUUGGCCCCACAUUAAUGCCUGUCCCCGAAAUACAGGAUCAAGUGUCUUGUCAGGCUCAUGUGAAUGAAAUUGUCAAAACCAUCAUCAUCCACCAUGAAACUAUUUUCCCAGAUGCUAAAGAGCUGGAUGGCCCUGUUUAUGAGAAGUGUAUGGCUGGAGACGACUACUGUGACAGCCCAUACAGUGAGCACGGUACAUUGGAGGAAGUGGAUCAGGACGCUGGUACAGAGCCCCACACCAGUGAAGACGAAUGUGAGCCAAUAGAAGCAAUAGCCAAGUUUGACUACAUGGGGCGAUCUGCCAGAGAACUGUCCUUCAAGAAGGGGGCCUCCCUGCUGCUGUAUCACCGGGCAUCUGAGGACUGGUGGGAAGGCAGGCACAACGGCAUCGAUGGGCUCGUGCCGCACCAGUAUAUUGUGGUGCAGGAUAUGGACGAUACGUUUUCAGACACUCUGAGCCAAAAAGCUGAUAGCGAGGCCAGCAGUGGGCCAGUCACUGAGGACAAGUCUUCAUCCAAGGACAUGAACUCCCCAACAGACCGGCACCCUGACGGCUAUCUAGCCAGACAAAGAAAAAGAGGAGAGCCACCCCCUCCAGUAAGGCGUCCUGGCAGGACCAGUGAUGGCCAUUGCCCCUUGCACCCACCGCAUGCUCUUUCCAACUCCUCGGUUGACCUGGGGUCCCCAAGCCUGGGCAGUCACCCCCGGGGCCUGCUGCAGAACCGUGGCCUCAACAACGACAGUCCUGAGAGGAGGCGCCGGCCAGGCCACGGCAGCCUGACCAAUAUCAGCCGGCACGACUCCCUCAAGAAGAUCGACAGUCCUCCUAUUAGAAGGUCCACGUCGUCGGGGCAAUACACAGGCUUCAAUGACCAUAAGCCAUUGGACCCAGAGACAAUCGCUCAGGAUAUCGAGGAGACGAUGAACACUGCUCUGAAUGAACUGCGUGAACUGGAGAGACAGAGUACAGCAAAGCACGCCCCCGACGUGGUGCUGGACACCUUAGAACAAGUGAAGAAUGCUCCCACCCCGGCCACGUCCACGGAAUCUCUCAGCCCUUUGCACAACGUGGCCCUCCGAAGCUCCGAGCCACAGAUCCGACGGAGCACUAGCUCCUCCAGUGAUACAAUGAGUACUUUCAAGCCUAUGGUGGCACCCAGAAUGGGUGUGCAGCUGAAGCCGCCAGCCCUCCGGCCAAAACCUGCUGUUCUUCCAAAAACAAACCCUACCAUAGGACCUGCCCCACCUUCCCAAGGUCCAGCAGACAAGUCUUGCACAAUGUGAAGACCAAGUGGGCAAGGUCAUCUGGGCUGGUGAUUUUAAAAGAAACGGGUCACUGACAAAAGUCACUGAUCCAUAACUUUCCUUAGUUUUGUGCUUAUAACUGGAGAUUUUUGGCUUUUCUAUGUUCUCGAAUGUAAUGUCUGAGACUAGCUAAAUUAACACGGGCAUUUGUAUUUUGUAAUUUUUUUCCUUUUUUUUUUUAAUAACUGGACAUAUCUAUGUCAUUUUAAAGACAAUAGAAACACUUAGAUUUACUUGAAAAUCCAAUGCUGCACCAUUUGUAAUGAAGGCAACACCGCUCUGGCCUCCGCGUGGUGGAGUGCUUUGGGCUUAGUGUAGUGUGGGUGAGUCAGAAACGUCUGGAUCCGAAGGCAUGAGAAUCUGAGUUCCAGGCCCCAGUGUGAAACCACUGUUGGCCUGCAUGGCACUUGGGGUAGUAGCUGAAAGGUUGCCAGCGGCAUUGUUAGGUAGCUGACCGUGAGCGCCUCUGCCCCGUGCAGUGGGACGUUCCCCGGGCGAACUUGCAGCCCACCGCCUGAAUGAGUUGGAUGGUUGCCUCUUUCAUAAGAGCCAUUUCCCUCGGGUCCAGGUUAAAAGCUCAAAAGAAUGGGGUCAGAA